AUGAGGCGCGCGGCGGCGGCGGCGGAGCGCGUCUCGGAGCUGGGCUUUCCCCCGCGCGGCGGGCGCCGGGAGCCGCCUUUUCCGCUGGGUGUCACUCGGGGGUGGGUCUGGCUCAUUGAAAAGCGCCGCGAGGGGGCCCGGCCAGUGCCCUUCGGUGAGCGCUCGCGGGCGGACGGCGGAGGUGCGGAGGCUCGCGGCGGCGGGACCUUGCGCCCCAGGACGCGGCUGCCCCUGCGCGCGGAGCCGCGCCCGCUGCGCCCGCUGCGCCUGCUGCGCCUCGGUCUCCUGUGCGCGCUCCGGCCGGGCGGCCGCGGGAGCCGCGGGAGCCGCGGGAGCCGCUGGGGCGAGGACGGCGCGCGGCUGCUGCUGCUGCCCCCGGCCCGGGCGGCGGGGAGCGGAGAGGCCGAGCCGGGCGGCGGCCCCGCCUAUGCCGGGAGGAUGCUGGAGAGCAGCGGCUGCAAGGCGCUGAAGGAGGGGGUGCUGGAGAAGCGCAGCGACGGCCUGCUGCAGCUCUGGAAGAAAAAGUGCUGCAUCCUCACCGAGGAGGGGCUGCUGCUGAUCCCGCCCAAGCAGCUGCAGCAGCCGCCGCCGCCGCCGCCGCCGCCCCAGCAGCCGGGGCCCGGCCCGGCCGAGCCGUCCCAGCCGGGAGCGCCCGCCGCCGCCAGCCUCGAGCCGCCGGGCAAGCUCAAGGAGCUGCACUUCUCCAACAUGAAGACCGUGGACUGCGUGGAGCGCAAGGGCAAGUACAUGUACUUCACCGUGGUGAUGGCCGAGGGCAAGGAGAUCGACUUUCGGUGCCCGCAGGACCAGGGCUGGAACGCCGAGAUCACGCUGCAGAUGGUGCAGUACAAGAACCGCCAGGCCAUCCUGGCCGUCAAGUCCACGCGGCAGAAGCAGCAGCACCUGGUGCAGCAGCAGCCGCCGCCCCCGCAGCCCCCGCAGCCCCCGCAGCCCCCCCAGGCGCAGCCCAAGCCGCCGCCGCAGCAGCCGCAGCAGCUGCACCCGCACCCGCACCCACUCGCGCACCCGCACCCGCACCCACACCCGCACGGCCACCGGCUGCUCCGCAGCACCUCCAACUCCGCCUGAAGGGGCCGCCCAGGUGCGAGGACCACACGUGGGGCGAGCACCUUUGCACCGUCACUUGCACCUGAGAGUCGUCUCCCCGCCCCGCGCGCCCCGGGAGCUCGCCCCGGAAGCUGGACGCCUCCCUGCCUCCUCCUCGCCCCCCGCGACCCCCAUCGCAGCGCAGGACACCUGCCGCCCCGAGGGCUCGCUAUUUAUGGACCUUUUCGAGGAUCUUCCAGUACGGUGGACCUUCUAGGAGCAAUGAUGUACUGUAAUUUUUAUUUUAAUGUAUUUUGAUUUAUGAUUAUUUAUUAGUUCUUUUUUUUAAAUGCUUGUUUUAAGACAUUUCUGAAUGUAGGCCAUUUUCCAGGAAAAAAAAAAAAGAAAAAAAAAAGAAAAGAAAGAAACUCUAUUUUCAAGAACUUAUUCCCUAGUAAACUCUAAUCUUGGAAAAGAAGAAAAGAAAAAAAAAAAGUAGAAGGGCGGUGGAGGGGAAAACGUUAAACAUUCAUUAUUCCUAGGGCAUUUCCAGAAGGUCUGACACUUUCGUUGUUUUGCCAGGUGGUUGAAAUUAAACUCUGUGAUAUUACUGCA